AUCAGGUCGUUUUUCGAACACAUUUGAACUGCGAAUGCCUUUGAAGCAGUGAGGUCUGGGUUCCUGUUGCGCAAAGUUGAAGUGUGAAAAAGAUGAACGAGGAAGGCGGUCUGCGCUUGCUCAGCGGCGUCUCGUUUUCUCCAUCUGGUUCACAUCCACCCGCCGAGCCGGUGAAACGUGAGCAGCCAGUAUGAGUUGGACCGCACGGGGAGGCUUUUUCAUUUUGCUCUUCGGCGUACAAGUGGUCCGGGCUCCGGAGGGCAGGUCCUGGGGAGGGACUUACCCUUGGAAGAAGGUUUGCGCCCUGACAGGAGCAACGGUGGACCUCCGCUGCUUCUUCACGUACCCGCCCACGAUAAACGGCCAAGACGUGAGCGUUGAGAAGACCUUGUGGUUUACCAAAGAACGCGACCGUCAGCCUGAAGAUCUGAGGUCGGACCCGCAGUACGCCGGUCGUCUGCACGGUGACUGUCACGGCAACUGGUGCACUUUGUCAAUCGCCGAGCUGAGGGCGAGCGACUCGGGCGUGUACAAGUUCAGAUUCGUGACAAACCGACUGAGUGGAGGAAGCUACACGGUCACGCCGGGAGUCAGUCUCACGGUCACCGAUCUCAGCGUCCAGUGGCAUACACCCGAUGAACAAUCUCUGAGUUGCGUCAGCAAGUGCAGUCUGGGCUCUUCCACUUCAUACAUCUGGUACGAGAACGGAGAGGAAGUCCCCGAUGAAAACUUCAAAGUAUACACUCCGACAUCCGGCUCGAAAAACAGCUACUCCUGUGCAAUCAAAGGGCACCGGCAGCUUGCAUCUCCUCCGAUGUGUGUGUCCCGCUCUUGCAACAAGGUGCAUUACCACAAAGGGAGCAUCUGCGCCCUCAAAGGCUCGUCCGUGGACCUCAACUGCACUUAUAGCAGCUACGAUGAGCUCAGGUCCAAAUUCUGGUACCGACCGGAUCACAAACACGUGUGGGCGGAUGCCUCCGUCCCUCAGGACCUCCGGUUGGAAGAGCAGUACCACGCUCGCGUUGAGUUCCCUCCAGAAUUUGACGGACAUUCCACUCUGAGAAUCCAGAACGUGACCGAGAGCGAUUCCGCUGAGUAUCGCUUCAAAUUCACCGCGCGAGAUUUUGAAUGGACCAAUAGUCUACCGGGAACCAAUUUGACAGUCACAGCUGCGACGGUGCGGGUGAACGCCGUCAAAGUGGAGGAUUCUCACACGGUCGCUCGGUUGUCGUGCCACACGGGCUGCAGACCGUCAGACGAUUUGUCUUUCUGCUGGCGGCGGAAUGGGGACCCGCUGGCUCGCUGCUCCCCUCUCCACGCCGCCAAACAUCUGGAACUCAUUUUAAAUCCCGGAGACUACGUCACCUGCGACGUAGAAGGGCAUCCGCUCAGUAGCUCUCCUCGCCUGUAUGCUCUGAGAGCCCCCUCGGUGUCGCUGAGCGACUCUGGUGACAUCUUGGAGGGUGCUCCGCUGAAUCUGAGCUGCAUCAGUGACAGCAGUUUCGCUGAACACCGUUGGUACAAACAGAUCAGACCCUCACGCCGCCAAAUCAUGACAAGUGGACCAGUGCUGGUCUUCAGAUCCAUCAAGUCUUCGGACUCCGCCGAGUAUUUUUGCACUGUGGACAACGAGCUGGGGAAGAAGACGUCAGAACCUGUUGUGAUUGACGUAAAAUAUGCUCCAAGGUUCUCCUCCCUGCGGGUGAGUCCAUCCAACGUCGCAGACGAGGGACAGUCGGUGAAUCUGACUUGCAACAGUGACGCUAACCCGGCCGCUAGCUACAUAUUGUACAAAGACAACCACGUUGUGCUCCAGGGACCGGAAAGACAUUACCGUCUCAUCUCCAUCCGCACACGGGAUGCCGGAAGCUUCUACUGCAAGGCCCAGAAUAAAUAUGGGCACGUCGACUCUUCACCGGUCUUUCUAGACGUCAUGUCAACAUCAGCGACAUUAAGAACCAACGUCAUCAGGUUGAGUGUGACGCUUGUGCUCCUAAUCCUGGUGAUCCUACUGGCUCUCUGCAUGAGGUACAAGCACAGAUCUUGA